AUGAGGCUGAUCUGUUGCUGCAGUGUUUUGCUGCUGCUCAUGCUCGUCCCCAGAUUCUGUCAAGGUGGCAACAUCUUGGUCUUUCCCACUGAGGGCAGCCACUGGAUUAACAUGGACAUCUUACUUCAAGCUUUGCAUGCGCGAGGACACAAUAUAACCAUUGUGAGGUCAAGCAAAAGCUGGUACAUCAAGGAUAAAUCCUCCUAUUACAAUGCCUAUACAGUUCAGGUGAAGCGGAGCUUAGAUCAGCAGUUCAUAACAGAUCUCGUGUAUGAGGUUAUUCAAUUUGAAAGGGGGGCUCUUCCCCUGACCAUUUUUCUCCACAUGACUGUGGGAAUGUUUGACAUUGUCCUUGAAGCUCACAGAGCUGUGUCUGACUUUGUAUCAGCAAUGCUAGAUGACCAAGAGUUGAUGAGGAUCAUGAAGGACAGCAAGUUUGACCUGUUACUCACUGACCCCUGCUGGGGGGGUGGACCAAUUUUGGCCAAAUAUUUGAACCUUCCUUUGGUGUAUAAUGUUCGGUGGCUGAUAGCUGGUGAGGGUCAUCUUUCAAUUGCGCCUUCACCGUUAUCAUAUAUUCCUAUUACAGGAAGUGGAAACACAGACAAGAUGACCUUUAUUCAGCGAGUUAAAAAUGUCUUUUUGCAUGUAAUUACUCAAACCCAAAAUGAGUUGGUGAAGCAGAUUGUUUACCAGAAACUGUGCGACAAAUAUCUUGGGCCCAAUAAUGACUUUUCCCAGUUACUGCUUGAUGCAGACAUUUGGCUGAUGAGAGCGGACUUUGUGUUUGAGUUCCCUCGUCCCACCAUGCCUAAUGUUGUCUAUAUGGGAGGAUUCCAGUGUAAACCUGCAAAACCUCUUCCUGAACACCUGGAGGAGUUU